GCGGCUUGUCUGGUGACGUGUCUCUACAGCUCUCUCUUUUCUGACGGGGCGGCUGGAUGGAGCCACACUGACUCCACGGAGCUCUCAAACUGGUACCAGUAACUCGGCAGGAGUCGGCCUAGGGACACCAUGGGAAUUAAAUUUUUGGAGGUCAUCAAGCCUUUCUGUGCAGUAUUGCCAGAAAUUCAGAAACCAGAAAGAAAGAUUCAAUUUAGAGAAAAAGUACUAUGGACCGCCAUCACAUUAUUCAUCUUCCUGGUGUGCUGCCAGAUUCCUCUGUUUGGCAUCAUGUCUUCAGAUUCAGCAGAUCCCUUCUACUGGAUGAGAGUAAUCCUGGCUUCAAACAGAGGUACUCUAAUGGAGCUGGGCAUUUCACCCAUUGUCACCUCAGGCCUCAUCAUGCAACUGCUGGCUGGUGCCAAGAUCAUUGAGGUGGGAGACACUCCCAAAGACAGAGCGCUCUUUAAUGGAGCGCAGAAAUUGUUUGGAAUGAUCAUCACCAUAGGACAGGCCAUUGUAUAUGUUAUGACUGGCAUGUAUGGAGACCCCUCAGAGAUGGGUGCUGGCAUUUGCUUGCUCAUCAUCAUCCAGCUGUUUGUCGCAGGUCUGAUUGUCCUGCUGCUGGAUGAGCUGCUUCAGAAGGGCUAUGGUCUAGGCUCAGGUAUCUCCCUCUUCAUUGCAACCAAUAUUUGCGAGACGAUCGUCUGGAAGGCCUUCAGCCCCACCACUGUCAACACAGGAAGAGGCACAGAGUUUGAGGGAGCAAUCAUUGCUCUCUUUCAUCUUCUGGCCACACGCACAGACAAGGUGCGUGCCCUGAGAGAGGCCUUCUACAGACAAAACCUGCCUAACCUCAUGAACCUGAUCGCGACUGUCUUUGUGUUUGCAGUUGUCAUAUACUUCCAGGGCUUCAGAGUAGACCUGCCCAUCAAGUCAGCACGGUACCGUGGUCAGUACAACACCUAUCCCAUCAAACUGUUCUACACGUCAAACAUCCCCAUCAUCCUGCAGUCUGCUCUGGUCUCCAAUCUUUACGUGAUUUCUCAGAUGCUCUCAACACGGUUUAGUGGCAACUUCUUGGUCAACCUCCUGGGAACGUGGUCUGACACUACCAGUGGUGGACCUGCUCGGGCCUACCCAGUGGGUGGUCUCUGCUACUACCUUUCUCCUCCAGAGUCGUUUGGUUCUGUUCUGGAUGACCCGGUUCAUGCUGUUAUCUACAUUGUCUUCAUGCUUGGUUCUUGUGCCUUCUUCUCCAAGACCUGGAUUGAGGUGUCAGGAUCUUCAGCCAAAGAUGUCGCGAAGCAGUUGAAGGAGCAGCAGAUGGUUAUGAGGGGACACAGAGAGACAUCUAUGGUGCAUGAGCUCAACAGGUACAUCCCCACGGCUGCUGCCUUUGGUGGCCUCUGCAUUGGAGGCCUCUCAGUGAUGGCUGAUUUUCUGGGUGCAAUUGGUUCGGGUACAGGAAUCCUAUUGGCUGUCACCAUCAUCUACCAGUACUUUGAAAUUUUUGUGAAGGAGCAGAGCGAAGUGGGCAGCAUGGGAGCACUGCUCUUUUAAGGAGUAAAUACCUUCUGACACAUCAGACACAAUUCAUCCAUCCCACGUUUUUGUUUUUUAAUUUUGGAUUUUUCGCAAUUCGCACAAUCAGUAUGUUUUGCAGCUGGAACGACUGCCACCUUUGUUUUCCACCUAUCACCUCCAGCAUGUGAAUGCUGACAAAACUGUUGGUUACUCCCAGGCUCAACCAUUGUAUUGUGUCUCUCUACAGUCUCUUUACUCCAUUAUGUACAACCUAUCCAUCUGCAGGCUGCCUAUGUCCCAAAUGACUGUCUUAUCAGCUGAAAAAUGCUUAAAAGCACACAAAUAUGAGGGGCUGUCUUGGACUUACCUCAGACAUAGUUCUUAUAGCAUGUUCAAGGAACACUAAAGCCGUGUUUCCAUCAGGGGGUACGGUUUGGUUCAGUACGGUUUGGUAAGGUUUGGUACGUUAAACCCCAAAAUAGUUUGCAUUUCCACAGACACCCGUGUUCUCAUUUGGUGGGCGGGCUAUAAAGGGGAUGAAUGUGAAGUCACAUGCAGCGCGAGUCAGCUGGUCCAGCCGCAGAGUUAUAGAAUGGAUGAGUGACAGAAAUCAGUAGGGAGUAAGCAUUAAACAGCUUUAUUUCUGCUGAAAGUGCUUUAAAAAAAUAACUACAUUUUAAUAAUGUUAACAGCUGUCAGUACAGAGCCUCAGCUGAUGGAAUAUGUGUACAGAGACAUUUUGCAUCAUAACCGUAUGUAUGUGAAUAUAUCUAGUCUAUAACAGGUUAUACGACAAAAUAUGAAAGUUCAGAGCUGUACUGUGAGAACUGGCCACAUUAAAAAUAAGGUAAAAGUUCAGCUGGUGAUGAAAUUAAACUAGAUUAAGCCUGGAUGCGCUGAUCUCAUUUUAAAAUAGGCUGCAGCCCGAAGUUUUACAAACAAGUCCAACAACCAUGGAGCAAUGUUUUCACAGGUUACCUAAAGUAGAAAAUGGAUUAAUAACUAGUUACAGUACAUAGAAUCAACUGUUCUAAGGCUUCAUAUUCACAAAACUUCAGCAUUAAUUUAAUUUCACAUCCAUUGCGGACAGACCAGGCUGAUGUGAGCCUUCGGGCUCUGCUUUGUGUACUUAAAAUUAGGUCCAGAUGAACGUCAGGAAACUUGAUUUGUAGCCAGUUCAAUGUCCACAGACUAGGAGAUCGUGUGGAUCUCUGUUGAGUCCAGAUAUCCCUGAUUUAAGCAGAUAUUGGUUCAUUUUUCUCCCGUUUUUGCCCGCUCCUCACAGCGCAGACUUCUGUGUUUUGCAGCCUGGAGUUGAGCAGCUGAGUCGCAUGCUGACGUGACGUCGGUAAAACCCCCUAUUGUUGUGUGUAGCUCCACUUAUUUGAUACAGAUAGGUGAGAUUGGUACCCUGUGGAAGGGUGCCAAAAAGUGGGAUGGUACGGGUUGGUUUUUUGGGACCUUUUCCAACUUUUGCUCUAUGGAAACGCAAAAAAAUUUGUGUGCUGUUCCACACUGAACUGAGCCGUACUGCUUGGUGGAAACGACCUAUAAGGCAGCGCCACCAUGUGCUUAUUUCUAAGUUGAGAGCACUGUGCCUGGACAUUUGGAGGGAGUAAAAGGAAACCAUAGAAUAUGCUCGUAUCUCUAAAGGUUUCUGGUGGUCUCAGACAAGCUGUUGGCAGUUUUUAUUUACAUUUAUUUUGAUAUUUUAAAUGAUGGACUAUGUUUAUAUCCACUCUGGUCUUAUGCUGGGCACAAUGUUUGUCCAGUGUCUCUGGGUCUGUCUGUGUCGCCAUGCUCUCUUUUUUUCCCCAGACUGAAUCACUGCUCAAUACUGCCAACAUGGUUGGGAUGAGGGUGGGUUUGAUAGGGAUGAAAGGGGUUUCAUUUUGGUUUUUACUUUAUGUAACAGACAUAAAUGUGUUAUUAAAAAAAGGAUUUGUUUUUCCAACACAA